UUAUUCGCUUGCAAACACUAAAAUUGUUUUUGAUAGUUUCGUUGCACGAACUUGCAACUUUCACUGUGGCAGUCCUUUCAAAGUCUCUAGGCCAACUGCUGCGUAAACUUCGCGGUUUUUCGUUUACGUAGAGUAACUAAAACGAAGAUAUUUUAUAGAUAGGAUCAGAAAUUAGCAAUAAACUCUAUCCCAUGAAAAUUCUUGCGGCCAUGAUAUUUUAUUUGUAUUUAAAAUUAUCUUUUCAAUUUUUGCAUUGAAAACUCAGGCUACAGCACUCUUUUAAUAGUAAUAAUUUUCAUCUAUCAGUUUGAGUAUAAAAACAAAGUGUAUAGUUCGUGAUACUGUUUAUUUACUGAAUGAAUGCAGCCAUGAAGUCAGCUUUCUGCUUCUUGUUUUUAGCUGCUACAGUAUCACAUUGCGGCGCUACACUUCUAGCAGCAACUGGAUAUUGGGCCGCCAGCAAUCCUGUGAGACAAUACUUCUUAGAAUCUGGUAUUGGGGAUGCAAUUGGUCAAAGUGCCAAAACAAUGUAUGAAACAAGUGGAUUUCGUUACAUAAGUGAUCAAGGUACAAGAAUUCGAAGAGCUCAAAUGAGAAAUCGUACAAUCGCCGAAAUGAAAUUUGCUGAAGUUCAAAAGAGAAAAGGAUACAUGGCUAAGACAUUAUCCCAAAAUGAUGAUAGAAACUUUUCUGAGCGAUUGUUUAAUGUAUUAAAUGAGAUGGAAAAAAAUACAUGCGUUAAACGCUUACUGUGUGAAAUAGGAGCAGAACCUUCUAAGUUUGGAACAAUUGGCUUGCAAGUAACUAAGUACAUAUUAUCCAUUCCUCCAGUUACAUGGAACAGCCUAACAUUUUCUUAUAAAGAAGCAUUUGAAACUGGUUUACAAAAUGGUGAUGAAGUAUGUCUACAGAUUUACUCCAAUUGUUCUUAUAAUUUAUACAAAGCUGUGUCUUUCCUAUGGUUCAUCAUUAAUCCCCUUAAAUUAUAGCAUCUUGUUAUAAAUAACUAAAGAUUUAUUUUAACUUAUUUAUAUCAGCAAUUUUUAAAUAAAUAUUUUAUCAUA